AUGCAUUUGUCUGCAUGGAUUCCGUUUUUGCUCCCACUUCUCGGGAAUAGCGAAGCAUCCAGUCCAGAUCUCAAUUUCUUCAAUCGCCGCCAGCUGCCUGAGGAGGCCACUGGUGUGAAGACAAUCGAGACUGGCAACAAUGUCACAAUUCGUUACAAGGAGCCCAAAAUCUGCGAGACUACCGAGGGCGUCAAGUCGUACUCGGGCUAUGUGGAUCUGGCGCCAGACUCGCAUACUUUCUUCUGGUUCUUCGAGGCUCGACAUGAUCCAGAGAACGCACCUAUUACCUUGUGGCUAAAUGGCGGACCUGGUAGUGAUUCUCUGAUUGGAUUAUUCCAAGAACUUGGACCAUGUUUUGUCAACGAAAAGCUAGAGGAUUACAUUAAUCCCCACUCCUGGAACGAGGUCUCGAAUGUCCUCUUUCUUUCACAACCUGUUGGUGUUGGUUUCUCGUAUGCCGAGAAAGAAGCUGGCUCCUUUGAUCUUCUUACAGGAUCUUUCCAAAAUGCUUCAUAUGGUGAUGUCGUCGGCCGCUACCCUGUUAUCAACGCUUCAGAGAUCACCACGACCGAUCUUGCAGCAAAGGCCACUUGGGAGGUAGUCCAAGGGUUUCUGUCCGGUCUGCCAAAGCUGGACUCGAAACUCCAGUCGCGAAGCUUCAAUCUCUGGACUGAAAGCUAUGGAGGACAUUGGGGCACUACUUUCUUCGAUCAUUUCUACGAACAAAAUGAGAAGAUCGCAAACGGUACCCUGGAUGGUGUUCAGCUUGAGUUCAACACCCUAGGAAUUAUCAACGGUCUGAUCGAUCAAGGCAUUCAAGCGAAUUACUAUGCUGACUUUGCCGUCAAUAACACCUAUGGCAUCAAGACUGUCAACGACACGGUCUACAACUAUAUGAAGUUCGCAAACGAGAUGCCAAAGGGCUGCCAGACUUUGAUAGCUAUGUGCCACGCAACAAAACGAGUUGAGGUUGCAGAUCAGGCAAUCUGCGCCGAAGCUACAUAUAUGUGUCGUGAUAACGCUGAGGGACCGUACUAUACAAUCAGCGGACGCAACAGCUACGACAUCCGUCUUGCAGCAGAUGACCAAACUCCUCCACCAUAUUACACCGAGUAUCUCAACAAAGCAUCCAUCCAAGACGCAAUCGGUGUGGACGUCAACUACACCAAAUCCAACUUCGACGUCCUCUACUCCUUCUAUCAAAGCGGCGACUUCGCAUACCCCAAUUUCCUCGAAGACCUGGAAGACAUCCUCUCUCGCCCCGUGCGCGUCGCACUCAUAUACGGCGACGCAGACUACACCUGCAACUGGUUUGGCGGCGAGGCAGUAUCCCUUGCGACGAAGUACGAACACGCUAAGCAGUUCCGCUCUGCUGGAUAUACCCCCUUCGUUGUUGAUGGAAAGGAGUAUGGUGCCACACGUGAGUACGGUAAUUUCUCGUUCACUCGUGUCUACGAUGCAGGCCAUAUGGUACCGUUCUAUCAGCCUGCUGCGUCUUUGCAGUUGUUUAAUCGGACCUUGAAUGGGUGGGAGAUCGCGACUGGUGAGAAGAAGAUUAAGCCGGAUGCGGGUAGUCAUGGCCCUGCUAGUGCUACGCAUAUGCAAUCUUCUGUGGCGCUUCAUUCUUCGACGCCAUUGCCUUCGGCGUCUGGUGCUCAGCAAUGGUGGGCUUGA